CUCUCAGUCUUUGUUUCAGCGGUGUGGCAGGUAGUGCGUGUUGUGAUGGAGAGAAGAGCAUGUGCUCCUGGGUCUUUCUGGGAUUCUUUACUCAAACACUGUAUAUCCAGUGAACCUGUCGGGCUGAGACCAUCAUCGGCCAUCACUGAUGUUCCUGUGGCCAUUGUGAAGCAGGUGUUGAGCAGCGGAGGUCCGGUCGAGCCGCGGCCCGCCGUCAGUCCCAGCGUUUGGAUCUGUGUCGGUCUGGUGAUGAGCGCCUCACUUCUGGUGCUGCUCUUCUGGUUCAUCAUCUACAAACAUCACCACAGAACCUCACACAACACAGCAGGUAACGAGGACGCUCACACCGCGGUGUCUUCACAACAGGAAGAGGACAGUAAACUGCAGGAAGUGCCCAUCGCUGAGGAAACCUGUGGGCGGAGUCUGUGUAAUGGCUGGGCGGAGCAUAGUCUGCCACUUCCGGCCACAGAACUGGGAGAUUCUGCUCUGGUUACCACUAAAACUGGUCAAGCUGUUGAGGUUUGACUCAAACUAACAACACCAGGAGGGUUUCAGUGUGGAUUUAACACUCUGACCAUUGUAUUCACAUGGACACGAAUUCCCCAUUAAAACCAAAUGUAAGUUUGUGGUAUUUGUAUGAAUAUAUUAUUCUUAUUAUAAGCCAGUGUGCUUCAAAACAUGACCAACAUUGACAUAAAUAUUCCAAACGUACCUGACUUCAGUCAAAACACACCAGUGAUUCAUUUGAUCACGUGAUUAUUCUGCAUUUCAGUUUCUUGUCAGAUUUCAGGCUUUGUGUCAAUAUGUCCGUCUUAACUUCCUGUUUCAGUAGGAAUCAUUAACAUAUUGAACAAAUCUGCACAUUUUACAGCACUUCAGCGAGUCUCUAAAUGAAAGACCCCAGACAUAUGAAGGUUUUAGUUCAUGUGACAAAAAUACACAUGUCAAGUGUAAAUAAACAUUUCAAACAACAAUUGACCAAAAGGAUGUCGGCUUUUUCAUGACGAGACGAGCUCUUGAUAUUUGAAUGAGAAAUACAGCAACAUUGAGUCGGUGUUUAUAAAUGUCGAUUGAAUUCACGUGACAUGAUUUCAGACCGAUGUUAUUGUGGAGUGUUUAAUAAUGUCAUAUUUUUCAUUCUCUAAUGUGUUUGGUUAUUAGUAAGUCAGUUUAGUAAAGGAAUCAUUUUAUAAGAAAAUAAAGCUUGUUCUUUUAUUUUCUAUCUACAUAAGUGGAAUAAUGAGUUAUGAUCACACAUAGAACAGUAUAACAGAUGCUACACAACAUCAACAGUAAAAACAAACAAAUGAUUCAAUGAUGAUGUUUGAUCAAAGAAUAAACAAUAAAACUAAAGUACAGUAGCACACACAAACACGAUAAACAACACUUCAUACAGUUAAAUAAACAUCACGUGUGUGUGUGUGCGUCACAGAUGUGUGCGUGCGUGCGUGUCACAGAUGUGUGUGUGUGUGUGUGUGUGUGUGUGUGUGUGUGUGUGUGUGUGUGUGUGUGUGUGUGUGUGUGUGUGUGUGUGUGUGUGUGUGUGUGUGUGUGUGUGUGUGUGUGUGUGUGUGUGUGUGUCUGUGUGUGUGUGUGUGUGUGUGUGUGUGUGUGUGUGUGUGUG